AUGGGAUCCACACUUGACAACUUUGACAAUCUCUGUCAACAAGUCUUCUUGCCCUCCAAGCCUGCUGCCGACGAAGGGAGUGCAGAUCCCGCUGCAGAGACGACAUCAGUCCAGGAGACAGCUCUCGGCCUUCUCUCCAGAGCGCAGAUCUACGAACUACAGACUCCACUUACAUCAACUACAUCGACACUUGAAUCAGCCCAGAACGACAGACAGUACUACAGGAUCCACUUGGAAGAACUUGAAGACCGCCAGCAACGGCAAGACAUCAGGGAUACCCUCGUUCAAGCUAUCGACCCUGCACUCCUCGUAAUCCUCCCCUAUGACAGGAAUCUCUCUGGAUACAGCUCCAAGACCCGAACAGAGGCGACAGAGGCUCCAUUGGAGACUGCAGUGGUCCUCGACAUGGGAGGACUCUCCGUGCCUGAACCUCCUGCAGGAUCAGCACCAGCAACAGCCUCGUUGAUUACCGACAGCAAGACCGAUCCCGCGCCCAUGGCCGAUAUCGAUGAUACCACGAGCAAGACUAUGCUGCUGGUCUCUGUCAAGGAAUGGCUCAGGCUGACAGGAACGAUCCGUUUCUGGAGGGCAGAGUCGCAUCGUGUUAAGACUGCCCAGCGAGAGAUAGUUCUAGACGGGCUAUUGGAGGACCGCUGGAGGACCGCCACGUCGUCGGCUAUGCCAUCAGCACCCAUUCCCUCCCCGCCCCAUUCCUCCGGAUCACUUACUGCUGCUGCUCUGACACCCAAGUCACUGCCAUCCUCUGCAGUGUCCUCACCAUCAACAGCAUCUUCAGUUCCGACCUCACCAUUGGCUUCUGUCGUACCACUGAGCCUGACCAAGCUGUCGACAUAUAAGCAACCAUUCCAGGAACAUCAAUUAGAAUCUCUGAUUCAGUUCAUGACCGCCUACGGUGACGAACCUUCAGCAACGUCUAUCUUGAGAGGACUGCUGGACCUCACUCGACGGCAGCUUACCGACACCACAGUGCUUUCAUGGACAUUUGACCGCGCUAACCUCACGGAACAAAAGCCAGAGGUCACUGUUGCCUUUUUAGACCUGAUUGCACGACUUGGGUUGGAGUUGGUGAUCCCCCCAGCAUUGGAAACAGGAAAGCAGCAAGAUACCAUUAUGCCGCCAGCGCCAGUCCCAACAACAUCAUAUCCUUGCAUUGCCUCGGACGCAACAGCCGUGGGGACAUCCAAGGCUGCAACGCCGGUUCAUUCGACAGAUCUGACAUGGACCUUUGGCGCAAGGAUCGAUGAUCGUCGAUUGGAGUAUUGGAUCCACCAUAUUCAACAGAAUACUCUUCCUGUGGCCAAAGUAGAUCACCAAUCGCUCCUGCCCUCAACAGCCAGCUUUGCUCCGACCAACAACAAUACAGCAACCACAAUCUCUGCUUCUUCUGGAUCAGAACAAAAGCCCAACCCCAUUCCGCUGGCAAUCCGAAAACGCUUUUUCCAAGACCGCCACAUGAUACCCGCUGGAACCAUCCAGCCCCUCACCAACACCGAUACCAAUAACUCUCAUACAAACACCAAACUUAGCACAGGUAUUGUGCGAGAUUCGACCUUUGUGCUGGCGACGUCCAAGUAUGCACUGUCAUCAUCGUCGCCAGGUUCUCAAGGAACAGGCCUGUUUGUCAAUGUCAAGAAGGAUGUCAAGGAUUUAGCCCGGUGGGCAUCGACGUGUGGAGGCCGGUUGGAUUGGAUUUGGGCGUGGUUGUUUUCCUCGUUCAAAAAGUCGCGGCGUGAAGCUAAGUCUGCCAGCCGGGAGCCGCGGUCUAACGACGAGAACGUUUGA